GCAUCAUGAAUCUGCCGAAAGCAGCGAAAGAAGCUGCCACAAAGAAGAUCCUGGAGUCACAGUUGCUAACGGUUGCGCAGGCACUGGAAGACACGGUGGACGAGCAGUUGACUCGUCUGGAUCACUUAUCCGAAGAUGAUUUGGAUGCCAUACGACAGCGUAGGUUGCAACAGCUGAAAGAAGAAUCUAAGCAACGUUCUGAGUGGUUAGCUGCGGGUCAUGGCGUCUAUUCCGAACUGCCGAAUGAGCGUGAUUUUUUCGAUGCUUGCAAGCGUUCCGCUUUCGGCCUCGUGUGCCACUUCUAUCGUGAUUCCACAUUCCGAUGUAAAAUCGUGGACAAGCAUUUGGAAUUGCUGGCUCCGAAGCAUAUUGAAUGCCGAAUGAUCAAGCUGAACGCGGAAAAAUCUCCAUUUCUCACUCAGCGGUUGAAUAUUAUAGUAAUACCUACCAUAGUUUUAGUUAAAGAUGCACAAGUCUGCGACCGCAUUGUUGGUUUUGAUGAGCUCGGAGGCCAUGAUGAAUUCUCCACAGCGAUGCUUGAAUGGCGGUUGGCCGUGGGUCGGGUGAUAAACUAUGCUGGCGACCUCACCACACCACCGGACGCAGUGAAAUCCAGCUCUAACAAGCUGUUCGGUCUGGAUUCUAGGCACAGAGAGACGAAAAACAUCAGAUCAAAGACUAUCGGCGGGGUUGAAUCUGGUGAUGAGAGCGAUAACGACGACGAUUAACUACUGCGGAACUUUGCCAUCUCCGCCAGCUUCGUCUAAUUCUGUCUAAUUUUUCUUUGAUUUGAUUUUCGACUGGUUUUUCUCCUCACAUGGAAGUCAUUCUGCACCUGUAACAGAACAUGUAUAAGGCUGUAUAUUGCAGUAAUAGAUUCCACCACCUGUAUUAUUAUCAUAUGUUGUCCAUUUUAGCAUCUCGUCUUACGUUUGGAUGGUUUUGCCACAUGCAGAUCAGAGUAGACAACUGUUUAUAUUGCACAUUGAUGAGAUUGUGAUGCAUUCGGGAAAGUGCCACUCCGCUCUGAUCACGCUUUUGAUGCUUCGGCUAAACUAAUCGUUUUCUGCUUGAGUGCUGUAUCACGACCACUGAAAUGAGUCAUUUAAUCACCAACGAUCGGUGUUGGUACAUGAUACAGACAACCAAAAUUGCUGUCCUCAUCUGCAACCGAUAUAGAUGUCCUGCUUUCACUCAAAAGGCUGCGCUUCUUAAAUG